AUGUCUACUAAGAGAGAUACCAGCGACACAGAAGAUGAAACUACAAAUGUCAUUAAAAGACAUAAGCAUGCCUUUAAGAAAAUGAGUGAAGGCUCUGCCUCUGAAUUACCAGCGGAUUAUGAAGACCAGAAUAUCGAUGAUGCUUUACUGGAACAAGAUAAUGAGAAACAUGAUGACUUGGAAGAUAAUGACGAUGAAUUGAAUAAUAAUGAAGAUGCUGCUGUCGCUGCUGCUGUCGCCUCAGCUGCUGCUAAUUACGAUCGAUUGAUUCAUGAAGACGAUUCGAUGAAGAUUGUUCACGAAGAUGAUGUGGAAGUGACGUUAAGUUCUGGUGAAAAGAAGGAAACAUCUACUGAAUACAAUGACGAGAGUAAAAAUGAAGGGAGUGAAGAUAGAGGUAACGAAAAAGUCAAGAGUUCCACAGCCCCAUCGAGAAGAGGUCGUAAGCCAAUGGCGGAUGCCGGUACUGUUGAAUGGAAACAACAGCGUAAAGAUUCACAUAAGGAAGUGGAAAGAAGAAGACGUGAAAAUAUAAAUACUGCGAUCAGUAAACUGAGUGAAUUGCUGCCUGUUAAGGAAAGUAGCAAAGCCACUACACUUGCAAGAGCUGCUGAAUAUAUUCAAAAAUUAAAGGAAACCGAAAGUGCCAACAUUGAAAAAUGGACUUUACAAAAAUUAGUGAAUGAUCAAAACUCAAAUAGAUUGAUCAGUACUAAUGAAAAACUUCAAGAAGAAUUAGGGAACGCCUAUAAGGAAAUUGAAUCAUUGAAAAAAUCAGUUAGUAAGUAUAAAGGUAGAUUAAAGGAACUUGGCAUUAAAUCGGAGGAGUCGAGGAACAAACAUAAACAUAAGUCUGAAAAUAAUGAAGAUUAG